AUGACAGCGGAUCUGCCUUCCAAAAAAAUUGAUGAGGCUCUUCAACUCGCAUCAGAGGCACGAGGGUUGCUUCUUUUUUAUGGACACAACAGGAAAGCCGGCGCGGCUUCACUUUUGCGUAUUCAAGGCCUCGUGCGUGGCGUCCUGCAGUGCACCUCGCUCAUGCAAGCCUAUGAUCAAACUCCGUACCGCAGCAGCAUCUAUGGCCACGUCGCGCGAACUUUUAUGAGUGUGCUUGAUCUGCAGCUUGAAGGCACCACCGCCAGUGAUGGCCACCGAGGCGAGGGGGCGACGCGUCGAGCCGAGGCAGUGGAGGCUUCGUUGAGUUCUGGGCAGUGCCUUGUGGGCGACGACGCAGACACUGCGUCUGCGGGUAUGAUGGGGCCAUGUGGUCAGCCUGCCGCUGGCCGAAGCGUGCGGUGGGAAGACAUCGCGGGGUGUGAGGAAGCUAUCGCGGCCCUGAAACAAGCAACGACGCUCCCAUUGCGGUUUCCUCAGCUAUUUCAAGGGCCUCGAUCUCCAUCACGACGCAUUCUGUUAUACGGCCCUCCUGGCACAGGCAAAACACUUCUCGCCGCCGCCACAGCAUCUGAGUACGAGGCGACGCUAUUGACCAUUUCUUCGGCAGACAUCCUCAGUAAGUGGAUUGGGGAAUCUGAGCAACAUGUGCGCGGCGUAUUUGAGGCGGCGUCUCAGCUUCCUCGUUGUGUUCUCUUCUUUGAUGAGGUGGACUCGAUCUGCGGUGUCCGUGGCGCGUCUACUGAGAGCGAGGCGUCACGGCGGAUCAAGACAGAGUUACUGCUUCGUAUGCAGAGCUUAAACGCAGAGAACGUCACAAUUAUAGCUGCAACGAAUUUGCCGUGGGAUUUGGACGCCGCCUUUCGCCGUCGCUUUGAUCACCUUAUUUUUGUGGGCCUUCCCUCCCCGUCGGCUCGGCGCCAGAUUCUCAUGUCGCAGCUUAAGCAUGUGCCACACUCCCUUAGCGACAAAGAUUUUGACUGGCUUGUCAACUGCACAGAAGGCUACUCCGCGUCUGACAUUCAACAGGUUGCCAUGCACGCCGUGAUGAAACCCGUGCAGAAGAUUGCCCAGUCAGAGUACGUCAAACCGAUGCCUGCCGCAAUGACACCCCACGCCUCGAGUAGGUGUUUUGUGCCGUGCUCUAAGGCGGAUGAGAAUGCCGUGCCUCUGCUUGCUGUCCCCGCCGCUGAGCUUGGCGUGCCGGACGUAUGCCCGGGGGACUUCGAGGCCGCGCUGCGUGAGUUUCCUCCAACAGUUUCCAAUGAGGAGAUGGAUAAGUUCUGGCAGUGGCGCAGCCGCGUGAAGAAGGCGGCAGUUUAG